AUGUCGCGACACGUGAUGCGCGCGAUCAAGUCGCUGCGCUGUCGACAGACGGGAGUGCAGACUGCACGACGCAUGUUCUCGUCGGAGCCGGUGCCAGGAACGCGUGUGGACAAGUUAGGGCCAGUCACGUGGAGCGGAUUGGCGCUCGCGGGCGUUGUGAGCAGCGGAGUCGUGUACUAUUACUACUCGGAGAAGGACCGUCUGCAGACUCAAUCUACGUCUAAAGUGACGUCUGUGGGCAAGCCACUACUCGGUGGACCGUGGACGCUUGUGGACUGUGACACGCGCCGGGCGGUUACGGACGCGUCGUUCCGUGGCAAGUACGCGCUGCUGUACUUUGGCUUCACGCACUGCCCUGACAUUUGCCCCAAUGAGUUGGUGCGGAUUGGUGACGUGCUGGACAAGCUCGAGGCUGAUAAGUGCCCGGAGGUCGUGCCGCUGUUUGUGACGGUGGACCCGAGACGGGACACGAUCAAGCAAAUGCAGAUCUACAAGGCCGACUUCCACCCCAAGUUCAAGAUGCUCACCGGCACGCAAGAUCAAGUGGCGGACAUUGCGAAAGCUUACCGCGUCUACUUUUCCAAGGCGGAUGAGAACGACGCAGACGAUGACGACUACUUGGUGGACCACUCCAUCGUCAUGUACCUUGUCGGUCCCGACGGUGAGUUCCUCGACUUUUUCACGCAGGCUGCUCGUGUCGACGACAUUGUGGCGAAAAUCAAGACGUACGUGAAGGCGUAG